AAAAAGUCAAAAUACUUACACGUAAAAACGAAAGACGUAAUUUAGUAAUAGUCAUUGGUAAAUAUUGUAAUUGUAAAAGUUGACUACAUAUAUCCAUAGUCCAUAGGGCCUACAUAAUUUCUGAUUAAUAAAUCAUAUCUAUUGAUGCACAAAUAAUAAAAAUAAGCAUACAAAUGUUCAAGAAACCACCAAAAACGAAGUCUUUUCAAAAUGGUAGUAAGGAAUCCGUGGAUAGUCAAGUGGUACGUACAAAAAACUUAUACUUAUAAUUGAAAAAUAAAAUGAUCGUCCUAAUUAAUAGUGGCUAUUAAUAUUAAAUAGUAAAUAGGCUAUAGCCAAUAGUUCAUACCGGAGUGUCAUGAUAGUUCAUAUCAUUAAUAGCAACAAAAUAUUAAAAACAUACUGACUAUACUAUCCUCUAUGAUCUAUGGCUAUAGCCAUAGCCAGUAUAGUUGAGUAUCAGUAUAGCAUACUGCAUACUCAUACUCAUAGUAACCCUCAUACUACUCAUACUCUUAGAUUCACUCACACUCUCUUGUCUACCAUAUUUAUAAAUUAUAUUUAUUAAAUUACGUACUAUCCGGAAAUUUGAUCGAAGGAAAUUUCGUCGCUGGUAAAUUGAUCGAUGGUAAUUUGAUCGAACCGAAAUGUGGUUGAAUCUUUUUUUCAGUUUUUACUUUAAAAUUUUGCUUCAAAUUUCUUUUUGAACGCAUUAUUUUGUUUUACUAUAAAGCAUAGUGAAUAGUGCGUUCAAAAAUAAAUUUGACGAAAAUUUUAGCGUGUGAACUGAAAAAUAAAUUCAACCAAAUUUACCAAAUUUCGGUUCAAUCAAAUUACCAUAGAUCAAUUUAACGUCAACGAAAUUUCUUUCAAUCAAAUAUCCGGUAACCAUUAAAUUAUAUUUAUUUUGUAGGAUUGAUUAGGCCUUCAAUAUGUCAUCUAUGACAAUGAACUAAGAUGACACGAUACUAUGUGAACCAUAUUUUCAUAUCAACUCAUAGUCAUAAUUCACAUUGUAUGUCUUGAACUUUGGGAUAACAUUAAGAGAGACAACUGUUAGCAGUGUUGCAUUUAGAGAAUACUCAGUGGGCCCCUUUAAAAAUCGACAUUCUAAUAACUCUAAUACAGACUCUACAAUGUUUACCUCAUUACCGAAUAAUGAGUGAAUACGGAAAAUAUCUAGAGAUGCCCUUUAUGGUGAAAAUAAUUAUGACUUUAGAUUACCAAAGCUGAAAUAUAGAUUUACAAUAUUCGAUUUAUGAAAACAUCCAUCUUUUUUUUUUAAAACAAUAAUGUAUCUCAUAAUGACCGGUAACUUAGAUAGUAUGCCAGAAAUGUAACAAUGUUUUUGACGUCUGUUUACAGUUUUUAUUUAUUUUUCCAGCCUUUUCUUAUGGGUUUUUGCUACUUUAGGUUAAGUACCCGUAAUAAUUGUGUACAGUAAUAAAAAUAAUUUUAAUGUUAAUAUUUAAGUAUAGUAAUAUAUUGAUUAAAGUUAAAGCAGUGAUUCCCAAAGAGUAGGCCACUUAAUGUUUCAUUGUGAGACAUAAGUAUAAACCUGACAAUAUUUCCAAUUAACAUUAUGGGUACCGGGGUAUUUUAUAACAAGUUGAGCAUUUGAUGAAAUCUAUAAUGUGGUGUAAUUUGCAUUGUGAAUAGGAAAAACCAAUGUGGCUAAAAUUGAAGAAAAUUUUAAUGUAACCAACAGACAACCCCUAAUAAUUACAGUUUACCACCUGGGACAAUGGAUAUUAAAAUGGGGUGAAAAAUUUACUUAAGUCCUUAAAAAGAGAACUUAAAAGCUGCUGCACUAAACAAGACAUAUGUCCAUGAAUUUUUGAGAUAUAUUAGCUUUCUGUCAUAAAAUUUUUAACUUUUAGAGUGGCUCUAGCAAUGAAAAUGUAUCUCCUAAUACAAAAGACGAAAAAGACAAGGUUGACAAAAUCCUCCAUCAGCGAGUUCACUUUCAGGUAAGCUUUGAUGAUUAUUUUAGGAAAAUGAUAUACUACCUGUACUGAAAAUAUUGCAUUGGCAUGACAGAUCAGAGGUAAUCACUUUUUGAGGCCUGUGUACUAGAAACAGAUCUGUUUACUCUUACGAUUUUGGUGUACAAUGUACGAUUUUGAGGUUUGUACAUAAUUAUACUUUGUUUAUUUUUUUACUAUACUAUUAAGAUAAUGUAUUGAAUGAUUUUGACAUGAUAUUGUAUGAUUUUAAGAGUUUGAGGGUAAACAGGUCUGUAGAAAGAUCAGAUGUACGGUAAUCACUUUUUGAGGCCUGUCUACUAGAAUUUUAGUUUAGUAUUGUAAAGGAAUAAAUAUAAACAGUUUGUUUUUAAUCCUCUUCACUUCAACUCAAAAUUUGAAUCAUUUAAAUUGUUAAUCAGAGUAGUGUUUUUUUAUGUCUUAAUAAUUAGCUUUGAUAAUGAGCCAAGUAUAAUCAUCAGUGAAAUCGUACUGCUUCAUAUUAAAGAAAAUACCGGUACACAUAAUUGCCAUUAAAAAUGUUCUCCAAGUUCAGAUAAUUUAACAGUGAAAGGAUUAUAAAGCAAUGUGGGGUUUGUGCAAAAACAGAAAAUGUUGACGCAAUAAUUGAGGCUAUUUGUUUAUGUAACUAGGUAUACUAUCUGGGAGUGGUUGAUCAGAUCAACAUGACAAAUUCUAAGAAGAGAGACACUGAACCACAGCUGGUAGAUAUUGUAGAGGAGAAUCAGGUGAGUCAAGACUGAAAUAUGGACAUCUUUGUCCUUAUCCCCCUUAGAACAACAAUACUACCGGUAUGUAAGUCAGUAUCAGGGCUUGGAAGUAGAACAAUACCAUAUAAGUCAGUAUCAGAGCGUGCAAGUAGAACAAUAUUAUACAAAGCAAUAUCAGAGCUUGGUAGUAAUAUCUUAUUUAAAAUGUAUGGUUUAUUUAUGUUAAGUUGUUGUCAUGUUACUUUUAAAGGCAAAUUUAUGAAUUAUUGUAUGGUGUCUUGAAUGAUGAGUACACUCAUAUGAACAACGAAUGAAUAAGUGACUGGUGUUUCUUUUACAACAUAUCCAACAGACAUAUGAACUAGGACUAAGUGACUGAGGUUCCUCUUACAACAUAUCCAACAGAAUAAGAAAUAAGUGAUUGGUACUAAAUAUCCAACAGAAUAAGGAAUAAGUGAUUGGUACAAAAUAUCCAACAGAAUAAGGAAUAAGUGAUUGGCUUUUUGCUUAAGAUAAGGACAGAAAUUAUUUAUUGAUGAAAAUUUUUUUUUUUUAGAUUGAAGGCAGACUCCAAAUGGUACAGUCAGAGGAGAACAAGGUUGUGAUGUUUGUGUCCAGGCAUGGAAUAAAAGUUGUCGAUACCAGUGGACAGGUAAUCAGAUAAUUUGUACUGGUACUUACAAUAAUCUUAAAGUUCAUAAUUUUCAAAAGUCAAAAUAUUUUUUUAAAGUUUUUAAUGAUUAUUUUUUUUUUUUUUUUUUUUAAAAGUACAUUUCAUUUCAUUGUUUGGAGUAAAACAAGGCGUAGUUAAUUAAGUUAAGCAAUAUUGCAUAAGAAAGUACUUGAAAUAUAAACCGAGUUAAACACUUUGCCCUUUUUACAUGUAGGAGGUACUCCAAAGGCAUCCAUUGCAUACCAUAGCCCAGCUGAUUCAAUACAGUGAUGGCUUCAAGAACCAAAAUAUAGCUGUCAAGAUUGGCCAAGUAGGCAAACACAUGUACAAGUGUUAUGUCUUCCAAUGUCAUUCAGAGGUAAAUUGAUUUAAAAACUAACAACUUUUUUAUGUCAAGUUAAUUAUUAAAAAUCUAAUAUCUUUAUGUGUCUGUGGGAGAUUUAAGAAUUAAAAACCUCCAAAAGUAUUGACAUAUUUGUAUCACUUACAGUGUGUGUCAAUUAGAAGAUUAAACUUAAUAAAUAAAUAUUCUUUCUCUGUCAAUUUCUUUAACACAUGCAAGUACAAGCAGUAUUGAUGCAAGGACAAGCAGUACAAUUGACAUUGCUGUAUCUUAAUUGUCAAAAUUACAAAAUCCAUAAAACAUUUUUCAGGACCAAGCCCAAGCAAUUUGCAACUGUGUACGGAGAAUAUUUGAUGCAAUAACCAGUAAGGGGUAGAAGGCAGUUACCGAUAACUAAAAUGAGAAAUAUUUAUCAGUUGUUCAUUGGACAUCAGUGAUGAGGAUUAAAUAUGUUUACAAAAGACUGAAUAGAUGAGCAUCCGAGAAUCAAAAUUUGAGAAUUUAUUUUCAGCUUUUAUAAUGUACAUUUUGUUGGAGAAACAAAUCUGUGUAAAUAUUGUUAGGAGUUGAUGUAUGCUAUAUUUUGUGAUAAUGAAAAAUAAAUAUUUUAAUUAAAAAUGAAUUAAUGUGCUUUUCUUUAUAAGUAAACUAGUAAGAGUGAUCAUAAAAAUUAUUUUAAGAAGUUCCGAAUCCCAAAUAUUUUACGCCUCUAUUACUGCUUUAA